GUUUAUACUUUAGCCUUCGGGCAGACCACUACAUAUAUUCCCACCGAACCAUCAAACCACCCAGCAAUCGUUACACAUCAUUACACAUUCCACACGUUCAUUCAUCGACAUCGGCAAUGAACUAUUCCGGCUACCCGAAGGUAGCCAACCUCGACUACUCCCCACCACAGGAGAUGUUAUCCUACCCCGGCGAUGAGUUCGGGAGUGCGCAUCUCGCGGACACUUACACCACAUCUCCCGAAUACUCGCUCGACUCCUUCUUCGACCAGGCCCUCACAUCGGUUGACAUGUCAUCGGCCUUCCCUAAGGACCAAGGCCAAUUCAAUCCCACACUACCAGCAACUGGCAUAUCAGCGUCGAGCACCACACCGAGCAAUAGAACAAGCAUCUACUCGACUUCGCGACACCCAUCGGAUGCCGCACCGUUCGGUAAGCUCGAACAACUUUCGUUCGGCUUUUCCUUCGACCCGAUAUCAACCGAGCCGUUCGAAACAGCCUGCUUCUCCCCAAACACCCACAUCUCCUCCAGGACCCCUUCCCUCUGCGGCGACGCACCGGAAAAGGCCUCAUCACCCUCCCUCUCGCCUCGCAACCUGAAGCGCGAAUCCCCUUCAUCCCCUGACUCGACCUCAGAAGAUCCCACUCCUAAGCGGCCUCAACGGAAGCGAGGCCGACCACGACUUGAUCGCACCAAGACAAUCUCCAGUACGUCUUCGCCAUCGUCGAAGAGCCAGAAGACCGGACGCCUACCACACAACCAAGUUGAACGCAAAUACCGCGAAGGCCUCAACGCCGAAUUGGAGAGACUGAGAAGGGCCGUGCCAACACUGCCCCAGAGCGAUGAGGCUGGAGCCAUGGGCCAAGCCAAGCCAAGCAAGGCUAUGGUACUAGCGAGUGCCAUCGAAUACAUCCGGAGGAUUGAGGCAGAAAGAGAUGCAUUGAAGCUCGAGAACGAACGGCUCCGACAGGCCGCAGCGAGUGGACAAACAAUCAGAAAUUGGAGAGUCGAGGAUGAGUCGCUGCAGGAGUUUCUGACGGAUCCGUGAGGGUUACAAGGGGAUCUCAAAACGUCAACUGUCAUAUCAGUUUGUUGGGUAUGGAUUUUCCGGAUAGAUUAGAGCGCUGGCGUUCCGGUGUGCACAGUUUUGGGUCGACGGAGGAUUUCUUUGGAACUCCACUUUAUCAAGUGCUGAUGCUGGCGGAGGCUGUACUAGAAGCUAGAUGUAAUUCCUUCCUGUAGUUACGAAGUCACGAUACCCAGGCAAUGGUUGCCAUG